AUGUAUCCCCAGAGGGAGCUCUGUGGAGCAGAAAGAACAAUGGUAUCGUGUUCUCCACAGCCAUUAUAUUUAACAGCAACAAACACUGAAACAGUGAAUGAUAUUAUAGAGAAGGUGGUGACAAUGAUAGGAAUGCCUAAUGUUCAAGAUUAUGAACUGUGGUUCUGUUGUGGCCAUAAAGAAACUCCCAGACCACUGCAAGGACAUGAGAUCCCACAGGUCAUACUUUUGAAGAACAUAGAAAAUAAUUUCAAACAACGGGAGAGGAACAUCAAAGCAUUUCCAUCCCUGCCUGGAGUGUACGGGAAUCAUGACAACUUGGAGGAUUAUGGACGCUUUGUCUUAAAGAUCAGAGACCCUGCAAAAAACCAAGAGCAGAGCAGUACUUCCCUUUCUUCCUCUCAGGACAUGCUGUCAGUCAUGAAGAACAAAGGGCCGAACACUGAGGGUAUUUUUAUGUUACCAGCUAAUGUCACUUCAGGCCAAAUUUUGAAGGAAAAACUUGACCAUGGGCAGUAUGUAAAUUUAUACAUGGAAGAUGUUCAUGUCGUUGCUGCAGUCCUAAAGGAGUUCUUACAAAACCUUGAAAAUAGUCUGAUGACAGCUGAACUCUAUGAGGAGUGGCUGAGUGUGCUAGACUGCCUCACAGAACAGGAGCAAUUGGCUGCUGCAAAAAGUCUUCUAGAAAAAGUGCCACCUGUGAAUGCCCUUCUCAUCAUACAUCUCUUCAGAAUACUUCACACAAUUUCUAAAAAUUCAGAAAAGAAUAUGAUGUGCAGUGACCGGUUAGCUUUAUGCCUAGCCCCAAUUCUGCUCUGGAGCCCUGGUUCAGGAUUCGGGGAGAAAUUUGCCAGAAAGACAAUCCCCCCUUUAUCUUAUAACAGCUGA